GUCCGUCUCCGCCCAAGCGGUGGCGGCUCAUAUACCGCCGCGAGAGAGAGACCAUUCCCCCCCGUCUCGGCCUCGGAAGUCGCGCGCACCCCCAAACCCUAGCCGCGCCUCCACCUCCCGAUUCGCCGCCUUUUCGUUCCAGGUGUGUGUUGAUUAGUAGAAGAGAAGCGGCGGCUGCGACGAGGCGGAAUCGACCAUGGCGACCCGUAUUCAGUUUGAGAACAAUUGUGAAGUUGGUGUUUUCUCCAAGUUGACAAAUGCCUAUUGUCUUGUUGCAAUUGGAGGAUCAGAGAACUUCUACAGUGCCUUUGAAUCUGAGCUCGCAGAUGUUAUUCCUGUUGUCAAGACCUCCAUAGGUGGUACUAGAAUAAUUGGUCGUCUCUGUGUCGGAAACAAGAAUGGACUUCUCUUGCCUCACACUACCACCGAUCAAGAGCUUCAGCAUCUGAGGAACUGCUUGCCUGAUCAAGUGGUUGUUCAGCGUAUUGAUGAAAGGCUAUCUGCGCUUGGCAAUUGUGUAGCUUGCAAUGACCAUGUCGCGCUUACACACCCUGACCUCGACAAGGCCACUGAGGAACUUAUUGCAGAUGUGCUUGGGGUUGAGGUGUUCCGGCAGACAAUUGCAGGAAACAUCCUUGUGGGAAGCUACUGUGCGAUUACAAACAGGGGUGGCCUAGUCCAUCCUCAUACAUCCAUUGAAGAUCUUGAUGAGCUGUCCACGCUCCUGCAAGUCCCUCUUGUUGCUGGAACCGUGAACCGAGGCAGCGAGGUCAUUGCUGCGGGCAUGACAGUGAAUGACUGGACUGCUUUCUGUGGCUCAGACACUACGGCUACUGAGCUAUCGGUCAUUGAGAGCGUCUUCAAGCUGAGAGAAGGGCAGCCUGCCGCGAUUGUUGAUGACAUGAGGAAGUCUUUGAUCGACAGUUAUGUGUAAAAGACCAAAGUUAGUGAAUGUGUGGUUGUGGGAGUAUUAACUGUGCUAAAAUCGACACAAACUGUACUCGUGUAAUCAGUAGCAGAAACAUACCGUCCUGGUGGUGAAUUUCUGUCUUCUGAAUUACAGACUUAUCUUUUACCUUUGUCUCCUUGAAGCCUACAAUAUAUUUUGCAGCUUAAGAUUUAUUGAUUGAGCAA